GCGCGGCUGAGCUCUCGAGAGUCAGUCAGUCUCCGCCGCCUCUUCCAGCGCGCGCAGGCCUAUCGGAGAAGGCUUUGAGCCGCGGUGAUGUGCGGUACCGGACGGACUCGCUGACACGGCGCACUUUCUCAUCGCUCCCUCGCUCUAUCUCUCACGCCGAAGAUGGUGGCAGUCGGCUAAUUCCAACUUCGGACUGUUUUGUUUUUCCUUCCGCGAAGCGCACUUCAUCGCAGAUGUGUUCAGGAAGAGAGGAGGAGGAGAUGUCACCUUGGACUGAACAACGGGAUCAACAGCGUGUACGCUGCAUUAGCUAUUCACUUCACAGGUGUUGCUGCUGACAGAUGAAGCUAACUGAGUGAGCCUGUGAUGACGGAGGUGGAGCCUGUACUGGACUUUGCCUCCUCGGGGCGCUCUGGGAGGAGAAAUGCUCUUCCGGACAUCCUGGGAUCUCCAGCAGGCGUGAACCCCGGCGACCUGCCUCUGAAACUGGCCGAGCUCUCUCUCGAAGAUGGCCCGGGAGGAGCUCAGUCACCCACGGCGGAGGAGACCCCCGCGCCACCGGAGGGCUCGGAGGAGAAAAACGGAUCGUAGACGCUUGUUCAUUAACCUCCCUGAGGACGAUGCAGAGGUCAGCUGAGCAGAGCGAGGCGAGGGGCGACCCGUGGAAGAACGAGCGACGAUCCGCGGAGAGUUUGCCUGCGUUGCGGCGCAGCAGAACCACAGGGGGGGAGGGAGACGGAGGGACUCCCGAGAGGACUAACGCCCGCAGCGUUGUGCUGGUUAAGACUUCGCACUAUCUGAAAAGGUUCAGAUGACACUCAGCUGGUGUUUAUGUGUUCAAUGGUGACUCAUACAGACCGCUGAGAACACAACCCGGAGAAUCAAAGGGACAGUAAAAGAUUGCACACUGUACAGGACUAUUUUUAUAUGAUUUAUUUAAAACUAAGGAACUUGUUGCUGUAAUUUCUCCUGAUUUGCUGAUUUUGUUUUUGUCAUGCUGUGUGUUUUUCCAGCUUUCACAGGAUUUGGAGUUUGACAGAUUUGAAGCUUUUUCACCCAUUUGAGCACAACCUGAUGGUAACUAACCAGAGUGAACUAAGGAACUGUUUUGGUUGUUUCUCACAGAUAUGCUGUAAAGUUUAGGGUAUUUUCACACCUAAUAGUCCUGUAGACUUGGUUUGAUUGGGGACCGAAACUGCAACAUUUGUUUCAUUUUUAGCUGCUGUACUUCUCUUUCAUACAGCACUGUGUAAAACCAAUCAAUUACAUUGAAAAACCUGUUCCCCUUCUCGCCUGUGAGGGCGCUGCACCAAGAACAACUGAAGGAAAUGACACAAAACCCUCUGAGUGCAGCUUCCUUCUUGAGGAAAUAUAAACAUAAAU